GCACUCGCGCCGUCUGGCCUUGAUGCUUGGCACCCGCUUGUGCUUAAUCUGUCAGUAAGGCGAAAGUAAACCUAUUAUCUAGUUUCCAUUUGGUCUCAUUGUAGCCUAGGCCUAUACCGGUACUCAUUUUUUUAUUCUAUGUAGUAUUUUGUCUUUAGUUUCUACCUGGCUGAUGCUCAGUAUAAAUCAUUGCCUACUAUUUUUAUUCAUUACAGAAAGUGGAAGGACCAAAGACCAUGAUACAUGAGUUCUAUUCGCUGCAGGAGGAGCGAGUCAGGGUCUACCAUCUAUUAGAUGAAGGGCAUACAGCAUACCUAGGGACAUCCUCGGACUAUGACUUUGUAGCGUAUCGUCAGAUUGUACACGACAGGACCGAAGAUUUCAAGCGUAUCUCACAGAGGAUCAUCGGCAUAGAGACGGCGUUUCGGGAGCAGUACCAGAACGUUGCCAUCGCAGAUUGCUUGAAGAAGGUACAGGAAGCCGAGCAGGACAAACUUGAAAAGACUGCAGCCCUUCAACUGACUAAACAGAGAUUGCAGGAUGCACCGGGAAAUGAGGAACACAAGAGGGAGCUUUCUGAUCUUAAACACAGAUUGGCGGGAGUGAUGGAGAGGAUAACAGAUGCAAUGGAAGAUCUGAAAUAUGAAACCGAUGGGUUAUGACAUCAUCUCUUAUAUGAUUAAUGAACAAAGUCUUUAUGAGGAAUAGUAUCUCCUGGACGAAGAAUCAAGUGUUGCCUUGAUGACAAAGUACUCCAUGUAGGUUGUCUUGUGGAUGAUCAGCUGGAUUAAUUCCUUUAAAAAUGGAAUCAAAGCGUAAAGAUUCUCAUAUGAAUGGCCUGCGACAGGGUUUUCUGCUUUCCCCUCCCCUAUUCAAGGACUGAGGUCAUGGAUGAUCAGCAAAAGACCAGGAACAUGUGACCUUCACUUUGGCUUUAAAUGCUCUAUCAAAAAUUAAACUGGGUUGAAUUUGUGAUGUUGGUUGAUAUUCUUGAAGACAAUGGGCCCACUUCAUAAAAAUUGUUAAUAAAAAAUUUGCAAUAACUGUUAAAAGCCACUGAAAUCUUUCAAUCUGAUUGGCUGACAGUAAAUAUGUUACAGAUUGUGCAUUUGUUAUUAUAACAAAUCUUUAUGAAAUGGGACCCAUGCCUUUGCUGGCAGUGGAUUGAUAGGUAAAUCUAACUUCUAUUUAGUCUGCAGGCAUAGACCUUUGGUGCUUCACAUAGUGCUAAAUGGGGAGUCUGAAGUCGAAGACUAUCCACUCAUGUCCUGUGUCUACUUCUACAUUAAUUUUGGAGUAUAGUCUCCAUCAUGGACAUGGUAUAAUAUGUUAAAUUGUCAACUUUGAGUCUGUUCAUGCAGACUAGAUUCCAAUCAUGGACCAAAUAUUACAUGUACCGGUAUACCUGCAGUACACACUCUUUCACCAUCUUGUUAAAUAAAACCUAUUCAUGUCAAAUAAAGCUCAAUUCAAAAUUCAUUUAAAAUGACCUUCAAACUAUUUAAAAGUUUCAUAUUUUAGCUUGUCAUUAGCAAGACAAAUAAAAAUAUAAAGAUGAUGUAUAUAUUUUCCUUGACGAAAUGAGGAUAAGUGUCAAAGGUACAAGUGUCAUUGAAAAAUGUCAAUUUUUUUUGGGUAAAAUUCAUCUGUCACUUUCUCAAGUCUGGUCUAAUGGAGUGUUGCAAGAAAUUUGCAAUCAAUUGCAAGUCAAUUUUGGUUCACAAAAUCAACCAUGAUAAUUCUUGCAAACAACAGGAAAUUUGCACUGUAUUACGGGGGGGGGGGGGGGGGGGUUCACAAAGAGUCAAGUAUGACUUAUGGCCCUGUCACAUCGUUCCGUGUAAGCCUUGUGGGCGACUUUUUUUGCUACAGCAGGUCGCCCACAAGUCGCCUGCAUUGACAGUAUCUCACACGUACAUUACACGCAGUUGCCCGCAGGAGCGCACACAAGUCUGAUUUGCUCGCAGAAAAGUUUUGAACAUGCUCAAAACUUUGUUGCGGAACGAUGUGAAAGGGCCUUUAGAGUCAUACUUAAAUGCUGACGUGCACAUGAUAUGUAACACACGAUCUUAUUGAUUAAUGCGCAGAAGUUGCAUGUCCUCUUAAAAGAUAUGACCAAUGCGGCGAUACCUUUUAAAACGCAUACAACGGGAAAUUUGAAGUUCAACUCUUUGUCACACUUAAAUCUUUAGAAUUUUUAUUGUAAUUUAUACAAAUAACACAAGAUUAAAGAUGGAAAUUAACACAAGUGCAAUUCAUCUUUGCAAGGACUUGUCUUUUUUCAUAAUUAGUGGUCGGAAGUGUAGUUUUUCAGGAGUGGUGGUCAGAAAUGUUCUGUGCCGGUUGGGCCGACCACUAGCUCUAUCACUGAUCUUGAUGACCCGUCUGAAACGCCCCUUAUACAACCUAUAUCAUAUCAAAGCUUUUUAAGUGUAUAACAGGGCCAAUGUCAUGUCCUUACUUUCCUUUUUAUAGUUUAGUUUCAUACAUGUGUGUAUAUGUCUCUUUUUUAAAACAAAAAAAUAAGGUCCAGCCAUGAUUAUCUAGCCUUAAAUCAGUUGUCCAAUUAUUAUCAUUCUUGGAGGACAAUUUAAUCAGAUUAUUUUGAGCCUAGAUUACCCCUUUAACUCUUUUAUUCCUCUUCCAAUUUCACUCAAACUUUCACAUUCUGAUUCUCUCAUUUUUAUCCUUCUAUAAAGUUAUGAUUCCCCUAUUAAUGUGAUAUUGCCCAUAUUCAAACGUUUUCUUGAUUCUUGACCAUAAUAAGUAUGCAUGACACAGAAAAGGAAAAAUUGCAAUUGUCUUUACAAUGUACAGUGUACAACAGUUUUGUACUUUUUAUUGUACUGUUUACUCACCAAAAUUAACUGCAUGCUACAUGUACAUGUAUGUUUAUAGAAAAUGUUUAUUAUACAAUUUGAAGAAUUAAUCAUGAAUCUUAGAUCCACAAGCACUUAUUUUUUUUACAUUUUUUUGUGGUGGUUGUAAUACCAGAAAAUUUUAUCCUAAGUCUCAGUCAUUUAGUAUAAAAAAAAUAUCCCUAUUAGGAAGUAUAGAAACAUAAACACCUCCAGACUUAUGAAAGAAAACAUGUGCAGAUAGGUUGUUUCACUUGAUUUCAAGAAUUCCCUUCAAAGGUUCCCAGAUCUGCAGGUACCAAAACACUUGUAAUAAAUUAUCAUUUCAAUAUUUAAUGAUACAAUUUCCAUAAUCUACAGUGGUGCUCGAAAGUGAACCCCACCCAAAAAUGCACUCCUUCAUGCGGAGUGUUAAACAUAGACAACAAUGCUACUAUGUCCGGCGAGCCCAGAGAAACAAACUAUAUUGAAUAAAUAUUUUAUCACCUGACUUCACAAUUACAUAUCUAAAAGAUGGCAGAAUUUGAACACUAUUAAAUAUGUUCAUUUUCUGGAGGGGUUCACUGUAAAGCAUAUUACUCGAGUGACAAAGACUGGUCUCAAAUUGUAGGGAAAAUCUUCUUCAUAUAAAAAAGGUUAGUCUAAUCCUGUUUCUCAUGACAAAAAAUGAUGCCACUUUGUGAUGUCAGAGAAGGGCAGUCAAGGUUUUUCUUUUCACUCUCCUGAACUUCUCUUUUGAGACAAGUUCCGAGGAAAUUAUUUAGAAUUUUGAAGGAAAAUUUAUAGCUCAACAGGCAAUAAAUAUCAAAUAAAAAAAAAAGAAAGUUCUAUUUACAUUAGAUUAAUGAUGUUUACAAAGCACCCAAAAGAAAUGGAUAUCAAAGUGGGAACAAAAAUCAGAAUCGAAAUAAAUCUGUCAGUUAAAGCCGUUUUGGACAAUUACAUGUAAUAAAAGUAUAACAAGCGAUAACUAAUAAACUAAGGUAUUCUGAAAUACAAAAUAUAGUUAAAAUAGAGGAGCCUUUCUAUUUGAUUCUACAAAAUAUUAAAUACAAGAAUAUUACAUUUAGAUUUCAUAAAACAAAUUGCCCUUCCCUAUCUUGCUGCUUUUUAACAUUUCAAUAACAUAAGAAAAAAAAUAUGAAUGAAAAGCAAAGUGCCUGUAUAAACCUAAUUCCAUGAAGGUCUAACACUGGAUUUUAUUCAAAUUUAAUUAAAAAAAUGGGGGGGGGAGAGGUGAUUAAUUAAAUCUUGAAUUCUUACGAAAUUCAAGACAAAAUGUUGAAUUGUAAUCAAUACAGACAUUAAAUUUGAACCAAAAUUUUUGUAAUAUCAGAGACAUUUGACAUGCUCUUUCUCGAGAGAUAUUUCAUACCAAUUCUAUGAACAGGCACUCUCUAACUUAUCACACAAAUUUAAACAUUUAUACUUUCAUAUUAUCGCAAAAGGAUGACUAUCUGGGUCCCGUUUCAUAAAGAAUUGUUAUAAUAACAAAUGCACAAUUUAUACAACCAAAUUUACAAUCAGCCAAUCAGAUUGGUGGAUUUCAGUAGCUUUUAACUUUUAUUGCAAAUUUGUUAUUGUAAAAAGUUUUCUGAAACAGGACCUGAGGAGGGCUCCCUCAUGGUAAGACUGAAAGCUUUGAUCUCUGUUUCGUUGAUUUCACUAGACUAAGCCUUGCUUCACUACAGAGACUGACAGAGUUACUGCAGUCUGUACAGGGGACCAAUGCCCCAGAUUAAUUUUUGCUCUUCACGCAACAUUUUUCAUAAAAAAUAUAGGUCUAUGAAUGAAUGAAGUCUUGAAAAUAAUCAGGAACUAGAAAUCAACAUCAACUUGAUGAAAAUUCAUAUCAAAGAAUCAAUAUCUUAAAAUCGAAUCAGAACCCUGGUUUUUAGGGGAAUAAUACAUGAAGCCUAUGGGGUAUCAGUCCCUCAGACUAAGUGCAAAAUUGCGAGCUGACUAUGUAGGAAAACAAAGUAUAAAGAUGUUUAAAAACUCCAGACAGAUUUCAGCGGUCUACCUCAUGGGCAACUCUCUCCGGAGGUCGGUUUUCCUGGAUGAAAACUCCACGACCGACCGACCCCAAAACAAAACACACAAUAGAGGAAAGUCAUUUUACAAACAACAUUCAAGAAUAUAAACCCUAAAAACUACCAUGACACUGUAUUGGAAUUUUUCUGCAACUUAUUUGUAACAUAAGAGUCAAUUUUGAACACCUACCAGAUAUUGCAAAUUAUAUUCCAUAUAAAAAAUGAUGAAACCAAUGUUGUGAAGACAUGACCUGAAAGCUAUAAAUUACACAUUGUUGUAUCAUAUUGUACGUCUAAGUUAAGCUCAGAAUUAUCAUUAGACAUGUACUUCAGAGUGCCUCACAAAGUAUAUCAAGUUUGAUAACCGGAAAUCGUAACUGGUUUCAAGUGGUCAUGAUCGGUUCCGAUUUGCUACCCUAGAAAAUAUCAACUUGAUAAGGGUACCUAUCAGAAUCAGUUGCAACUAGUUGAAACCGGUUAAGACAUACAAUAAUCAAAUUUUAAACUCACUACUGCAUACAUCUUAGUCGAGUGGCUGGUUACUAACGAUUCCAUUCACUCAUUAUAUUCAACAGUUCAGGUAUGUGUUUUGGUUCGACAAACAGCAUGAAUUUUACUUUGCAACACUCGUGAUAUGCAAAGUGCCUUAUCACUACAAACUGCAUGAAACAAGUGAAUGAAAUCAGUUUUAACCCAAGGAAUUCACCAAGAUGUACAAGCAAAUAGCAUCAAGUUGAAGAAAUUAAUUGGUUGUCUCAUGAUAGAUCAAACGUUUGCCAGUAUUUUUUUAAACAUCUUUUUUCACUCUGUGAGAAAACCGAUUAAUUUCUUUAACUUCAUCCAUUGCCACGAUGAAAUUCUUCCACAUCAAGAAAAUAGCAAUUAAUUUUUUUUGUGUGUGUUAAUAUACAGAAAUUUGUUGAUACCCCAUGACCUCUCUGGGAGAAAUCAUGAGCUUGAAAGAUUAUAAAACAUGAAAUCUUAUUGUGAGGAUUCACAAAUGAACUUAUUCAUAUAAAAAAGUAAAAUAUACUGUGUAUACGAUAUAAAGAGUUCUACAAAGGUAUUCUCCAAGUAGGAUGAGGUACUUCUCCCCUCCGAACGUAAAGGGGUCAACAAGAAGAGCUUAGAAUAUAACUCCUCUUGGUAAGCGGGAUGAAAACAAAUGCCAGUUCUUUCGCUGACACAAGUCCAAGCUGGCCUAAGCUGAGGGCAGCAGCAGGAAAAGUCCGGUAAUAGAUCAAAAUUCUUGAGAAUGUCUCCACACUUGGCUUGUCUUGACACAAAGCAGGUCUCCAGAG